CUCAUCUCGUCUGCAGCAUGGUGAACUUGCCUGAUACGGAAAUCGGAAAGAUUUCUCGACUCUCAUUGAACUUCAUACCCACCUAUGAGAACCUGAGAUCUGAGCGGCGUGCCGCGGGUGCGGAACAACAUGGCCCGAGUUGCAGUAGGGCAGUUGACCUCAACGGCCAGCAUGGCCCACAAUCUCACCCUAUGCCGACUUCUCGUUGAAAAGGCAGUCCGGGCUGGGGCAAAGGCCCUCUUCCUCCCCGAAGCAAGCGACUACAUUGCCGGGUCCGGCGAGGAAUCGGUCCGUCUUGUCAAGCCAGUACACGAGAGCGAAUUUGUCCUGGGUCUCCGGGAAGAAGCUCGUCGCGAGAAACUGUCCAUCCAUGUGGGGGUCCACGAACCGGGUCUUGGCACCCACAGGAUCAAGAACACGGUCUUGUGGAUCGACGAGCGUGGCGAUAUUACGCACCGAUAUCAAAAAAUUCACCUUUUUGACAUUGACAUCAAGGGCGGGCCGGUCCUCAAGGAGAGCCAAUGGGUCGAGCCAGGGAUGAAGAUCCUGCCUCCAUUCGACACCCCAGUGGGAAAGGUUGGCUCGACAAUAUGCUUCGAUCUCCGUUUUCCAGAGAUCACCCUUGCUCUGAGGCGGCAGGGCGCCGACAUCAUCACCUAUCCAUCUGCCUUCACCGUCCAGACGGGAAAGGCACACUGGGAAGUCCUCUUGAGAGCUCGCGCCAUUGAAACCCAGUCCUACAUCAUCGCUGCCGCGCAGGCGGGGAGACACAACGAGAAGCGGGUGAGCUACGGCCACAGCAUGAUUGUUGACCCCUGGGGCGUGGUCUUGGCCGAGCUCGGCGAUGCCACGGGUGAGCCCGACAUCGCCACAGCUGAGAUUGAUCUUGAUCUCCUGCGGAAGGUCAGGCUGGAAGUGCCGCUCUCUAGACGGACAGACGUGUAUCCAGAGAUCUAGACUCAACAGCUUGUACUUCUAUCAGUCCGCCGUUUACUAGGCUCCAACUUUCAGUUCCUCUUGUCUGGCUGUUUCUAUCUCCAACUUCAACGCGUUGAUCCGAGAGACGAUAUAGAAGUUGGUAGGUUGUCGUAACGAGAGUGAACACUACGCAGUUUUGCCACCAACAAUUUUAGAAAAAAAUUAAACGAGCUGCGCAGGCAGCAAAAUGCAUGACAUACCAGAGAUCACCAUCUGAAUCAAAC